AUGGUUACCGAAUUUUUGAAAGUUAUUGACCAGAGCUUGGAUACUCGAUUUGACUUGGACCUGAGAUUUCCAGAAGUCCCUGAGAUUGAAGAGAUUCCAAGUACCCCGCAAUUCAGGGUUCCAACCAUCCGGAAAAAGCGCAAUGAAAGUGAAUCUAGUGUAGAUAGUUCAGGCACCAAUGUAUCUUCCAUAAGUACUCGGCGAACUCGAUUUCUUCUAGAUUCUGAUACAAGUCUGGACUCCCCUAGUUCUACUCGUCGUGAUAGACACCGACCAACAGUGCAAAGGAGGAAAAAGACCCAUAUUGGUUCAAAUGGAUUCUUUACUGAUUUAGGUGUUGAACACGAAAGAUUGAAUUUACCAGCUUAUUACCCUCCUCCCUUUGUGGCAGUUACAUUCUUCAAACAUGUGUGUAGAGAUGAUAUAUCUCAAAAACUUGUGAAGAAGCCGGAAAUCCCUCUUUGUAAGACUAACACCAACUUGGCUACCUAUGUUCAUCGUCUUUAUGUGUAUCAACUGUACAUCAAUCGAGAACACUCGCGUCCUUAUCAAUCUGUUUAUGACGGUAGCUAUGUUUCCUCCUUGGAUCUGAUUAGUUUCAGAUUGAGCCAGGCAAAUAGGUCUCGUACCAGUAUUAAUGGUAAUUCUGCCAAUAUGAAUGAUUUUGUUUCACUGCAGAUAGAGGAUGCUUAA